UGUGUGUGUGUGUAAGGGGCGGGGACUGUUUACACAUUUCAUAAAUGCCAUUUAUAAGGAACCAAACGUUUGGUGUGUGCAGAUAGGUUUAGCAGACCUUUCAUUCAUAACAAAUCAACCGAACUAACCUGGGCCUAUGUGGGUUUGUCUUAUUUUGAUGGUAGAUUUAGGCUUUAUUUUUUUUAAAUGAAAUGUUAUCGAUAAUUUAUAUUGCGUGAACUUAGAUCUUGAAGUCGAUAUGAUCUAUGGAGCUAUAGGACAUUGAAGAAAAGACUUAGGUUUAGUUUUUUGCUAUGAAACAGUUUCACCCUAAUGAUGGUUUAAUUCAAUGAAAUGUCACGUGACCGACGAAUGCCAGAACGAGGCCUGUGGAGGCUGGACAAGCUCUUUGUUUCUGUGGUACUGGUGAACAUACUUCUACUCUCUUGUUACCACAUCUGGCUAAGAACCUCCUCAACCGUCAUUAGUUCAGACCAAAUCGACUGUCCUUCCCUUCGGUUCAGCUACUCCAAAGUUGACGGGCAGACGUCACUGGAUGACCUUGACGACAUCCAGCAGCUCAUACGUAACUGGGACGAGAUGAAAGUUAAACUUCUGCAGAAAGAGAGUGCGGUCGGCAACUUUGACUUCAACGAUGACGCCGAGCCGAAAAAUGACGUCAGGAACAGAGAAGACGAGUCGUACGACGAUAAAGAAAAUGUAAUCCUACAGAAAGCUCAUAAAGUUGACGACCAGCUCAAAGUCUGUCCAGAGAAGCCCGAUGGAUUAGAAGGCAACAGAACGUGUGACUGUGAGGAUGUGUCCAAAGAAACUCUUCAAAACAUGUACCCGGAACUCAAAGAUGGGCGACUUCAACCAGCUGACUGUAAAUCAAGAGAACGAUUGGCCAUCGUAAUACCGUUCAGAGAUCGAUACCAUCACCUGCAUGUACUCAUCAAUAUGCUCAUUCCUUUACUGAAGAAACAAAAAGCCGAUGUAACUUUCUUUGUCAUUGAACAGGAUGAUGAUGUUCCAUUUAACAGAGCACUUUUACAAAAUGUUGGAUUCUUAGAAUCUCAGAAAGUUGGUGCCUUUAAUUGCUACAUCUUCCACGAUACGGAUCUGGUCCCUAUGAAUUAUCGGAUCAUGUAUCGCUGUGCUGACAACCCGCGACACUUUCCUGUGGCCUUAAAGAAAUAUGGAAGACGGACGCCUAAGGUCAUGUAUAAAAACUCAUUCGGGGGGAUCGUAGCUCUGACUAAAGCACAGUUCCUGGACGUCAACGGGAACUCCAACCUCUACUUUGGCUGGGGUGGGGAGGAUGAUGAUCUACUCAUAAGGGUUGAGACCAAAGCUUACAAAGUAAAAAGAGAGAACUCCAGUGUCUAUCAUUACCAAAUGUUGAAACAUGACAGGAACGACAAGAAGCAAGGAAAUGUAGACAGAAAGCUUUUACUGGUGACUGCCGAGGAUAGGAUGGACAUGGAAGGGUUGAGUACAACUAAAUACAAAGUGAAACAAAUACUUCACCAGCCUCUGUACAUCUGGAUUAGUGUGGAAGUGAACGUGACAGAAGUGAUGCGGACAGCCCCAGACUUCACAUUGGCCGUACUACAACCCAGAUCUAUAAAUAGAACAGCAGUGUGAGAAAGGCAUACAGAAUACUUUAGUUCUUAAACCACAGAAAUAUUCUCGUAAACUUUCUUUGGUCAACAAAAAAAAAAAAAAGAAAGUUUAGUAAAAAGCAUUCACGUCGUGAAGUUUGGUUUGGAAAAAAACAACAACAAAUGAAUGAAAGUUUAGUACAAACAUUCACGUUGGGAAGUUUCCUUGUAAACAAAGAAAGGAAAAUUUAGUACUAGCCUUCAUGUCGUAAAGUUUGCAAUGAAAAGGAGAACCAAGUCUUUAGUCUUUGCAGAUUCACCUUAACGAUUCUUUAAGACAGGACGAAACGGUGUUUGAUCUCAAGCAUUACUUCCGGUAAAGUUUCCUUUGGGAAAAAGCAACAAAAAGAAAGUAUUUAGUUGAGUGGACAUUUAACCAAACAACACCAUAGAGUUAUGUAGUCUACCUCAUGUUUUGAUCCUUUUACAAUGCAUGAUAACAAUUAAGGAAAGAUAUGUCAGCCUCCCUUUUUUUUUAUCACGAAACUUUCACAAGACUUAUCUAAUAGUGUCCAAACAUUUCUGUCUGGUACUAUACAAGCAAAAAGAUAUUAAAGGAAAGAUAUUGAAAUGAUCACAAAUUGUUAUGGAAUGGAUGGACUUCAUAUUGAUAAAGUCCUUCUUCUCUAGUGCUAUUAGAGCAUGGAAUGUAUAGCCUGGGCCAGCCCUGAAAACCAAUGACUUGGCAGAAUUUAAGUCAUUGGUCAACAUGCAUGACUAGAUGCAUGAAGCGUAGGACAUAAUCAUCUUCUUUUUGAACUAACGUCUUUACUAUAUAAGAUAAGAUACAAUGGGCGUAGCUAGGAAUUUUCCAUCAUUUCAUCCUGCAUUUUGCUUAAUUUUAAAUUUUUAAUGUAAAAAACACGCAUUUGGCUGACUGCAACUGACUAGCAAAAGUCCAACAACUUUCCUUUUAAUCUCGUUCCCAAAACUCUAAAACCUUUCUCCCACGUUCUCUCUAUCUUCAGCCUUCACCUUUCGUUUUCCCGCCUUUUUGUCACCUAAAACUAACUCAUGCAUAUAGAUCUGCACUCAUGGUCUGAUCGGCGCCUUCGACAUAGAGGUCACGGUCUGAUCAUGUGACGUCCAAUUCGUGUGGCUAGUUUUGCCCUACAAGCUUAACAAUAAAAAUAUGUAAACUAAUUUACAUUAUGGACAAUGUCACGCUGUUGUGUUAAUCAACUAGGGAGCACGUUUUAUCCAAUUUUAAGGAUUAUACUCUCGUUGUUUUGCUUCACAUAAUUCGAUUGUUCCUUCGGAACAAACCUAGCACAAAGCUCUCGCACGACGGUUCGAACCAGAGACUCAUCGGGACUACAGUCCAGGGCCAUUGCAUCUGGUUCAAUAAAAAGUGACUAUUUCUAUUUACUUAAUAAUUAGAAGAGAAUUAGAAGAAUUACAGUAAGACGUUAAUAAAAUUGAAACCGAAUUAAGCAACAAGUCUUUCAAAACUGUUUUUCAAAUGUAUUGAUUAAUGUGUUUUGUUUUAUUCUCGCAUUUGUUUUUGUGACUGUAUAUAUCUAACAGAAAUAAAUGCAUUUUUGUAAAUAAAUAUUGUUGCAUUGAUAUGUUACUUACGAGCUUUCAAUGAGAAGCAUUGAUUAGAUAGAUACACACUGACAAUAUAGAAUAGGCUUUUACUAUUAUAAUUUAAUCAUGAAAUAUGUGAUCAACGUGUAAGAUACGUAGAAUCUACAUUGAAAGUUUGUUGAUUUUUAAUUUUUUUUUUAAAUACUACUCU